AUGUCCAACGUCUACAACCUUGAGCCCCCCACCAAGGGAAAGGCGGUGCUGAGAACCAGCCUGGGUGAUCUUGACGUAGAGCUGUGGGCCAAGGAGGCCCCAAAGGCGGUGCGCAACUUUGUCCAGCUCUGCUUGGAAGGUUAUUAUGACGGCACCAUUUUCCACAGGGUGCUCAAAGACUUCAUGGCUCAAGGCGGCGACCCCACCGGCACGGGCCAGGGUGGCGAAUCCAUCUACGGCCGCCCCUUCAAGGAUGAGGUGCACAGCAGGCUGCGCUUCACCCACCGCGGGCUGCUGGCCUGCGCCAACCAGAACAAGCCGGACACCAACGGCUCGCAAUUCUUCAUUACCCUGGAUGCCACGCCCCAACUGGAGCGCAAGUACACCAUAUUUGGACGCGUGGCGGGCGACACCCUGUACAACCUGCUGCGCUUUAACGACCUAGAGGUGGGCGAGGACGACCGGCCGGAGCACCCCCCGGUCCUGAAGAGGGCAGACGUGCUGUGGAACCCUUUCGAUGACAUUGUGCCGCGAGUGGACAGGGAGGCCAGGGAGGCUGAGGCCGCCGAGGCAGCAGCAGCGGCGGCGGCCAGGGCCAAGACCUUGCAGCGCAAGGCCGCCAAGAACUUCAGCCUGAUCUCAUUCGGGGACGAGGCCGAGGCGGAGGAGGAGGCCGCCGUGGAGGCGGCUGCCUCCCUGAAGAUCGCCUCGGCGCACGACGCCCUGCACGACGCCCACCUGUCCAAGGAGGCGGCCCUGGACGUGGAUCUGAACAGGCGAGUCGCGGGCUGUGGAUGUGGGCGCUUCCAGCUGCUAUGGCUGGUGGUAGCUGCUGUGGCUGGUGGUAGGAGUGAGACCCUUGUGCGGGAGGCCUUGCGGUCCGCCAGGCAGCGGCAGGAGGAGGAGGCUCCCCCCUCGACCAGCGCCGCGCCUGCCCCCCAGCCGUCCGACCUGGAGUCACGCAUGCGCGAGCGGGUGCAGGCCCGGCGUGCAGCCAAGGCGAGCGAGGGGGAGGGGCGGCCCGGCCAAAAUCAGUCGCCCAGCGGAAGUGGCGGCGAGGAGGACGAGGAGGACGGGGACGCAUCCGAGGAGGACGGGCGGCCGCGCAGGAGGGCGGCGCGCUCCCUGGCAGGGACGGGGCAGGGCAAGCGCUCCACGGCCGCUGUGGUGGUGCCCUCCAGGCAGAUUGCCGUGGCCGAUGCCAACCUGCUGAGCAGCUGGGAGAAGCGGAGGAAGGAGUACCUGGAGCGGAAAAGAAUCGGCGGCAGCCGGCAGAGGGACACGCUGAGCAAGUUGCAGCGCUUCACGUCCAACCUCCGGUCAGCUGCAGGGCCCGGCUCCAGCGCCGGAGCCGAGGCAGGGCCCAGCACAGAUGGAGUAGAAGCCGCAGGGCCCGGCCCAGACGGCGCAGCUGCGGCAGCACCGGCCUCUCAGGACCGCAGCGGAGCGCCAGAGGGCGCCACGCCAGACCCCGACUUCCAAGGGUAUGACGGCAGGGUGAGGCAGGACAUCGCGCACGAGGCCUACAUGCCGGCUGCCUGGAGGGUGGACGCCUACUUGGGAAAGGACGGCGAGGACGAGAGCGACGACGACCUCGCCAGCUUGAGGAAGCACAGGCUCGCAUUUGUCAAGGACGCCCGGGAUGCCAUGGCCAGGAAGGAAAGCGUGGAGGAUUACACCGUGCACGACCCGCUGCUCGAGGCGGGCAAGGCCAAAUUCAACAAGAAGUCGCAGGCCGAACGAAAACGCGGCAAUCAGUGGGCGGGGCGGGCGAACAACUAG